GAAUCCAGAAAUACAGUAGGAUUCUUUCAUUAAGGUGAGAUUACCUCGGAAGAUUCAGGAAUCUCUUCCCGCUUACCAACUACACGUGGCGAAUUGUCCCGAGUAUGCUUCAGUACAGUAUCAUCAAACAUUGGUCUUUCGGGUCCUUCAUCUCUCGUAGAAUCACCUUUCAAAGAUGCCACCACUCGCUCCUCCUCCUGUCCUCACUCCGGACCUGUUAAAGUCGAUACGUGAGCAUCCAGACUUGCCCCCGCGAACCUGGUACAUCAUUGCGGCUACAACACUGACUAUUCUCAACCGUCCUGAUGAAAUUCCGAGAAUAUAUGAGCAUGCUGCCACUUUCGGUCCUAGAAGCACAAGCUCGAGGCCCGAGCAGUUGACAAUCCUGAGGAGGAUGAGAGAAGCCUUAAUCAAGACAAGUGCGGUGGGAGGAGUACCAAAGAUUAUAAAUUCGUUAUUGGCUCUCAAGAAGGUCUCCCCACCUGACUUACAAGAUCGCCCCUCGACCCAGUCGCCAACUGAACGCAGGAAUGAUUUCUCAGAUGACCCAUCUCGGAUAGAACAACGCGGGCGAGACUUCUUUGGAAAGGUGUAUGGUAAGGUUGCAGACCGGGUCCUGAGUCAGAUGGACAAUUCCGGCACUGAAGACUUGGGAUUGGUGGCAAGACUAAUGUAUAGUCAUAUCUUGAGCAACACAUUAGUGUUAAGUGCAGCAGACACCAGCUUUGUCAUGAUAGCCGCUCUUAUACCUCAAGACGUGAACCCGCAAUUAAAGGGACAUCUCAAGGGCGCGAUAAAUGGAGGGGCAACUCUAGAGCAGGUCCGCGCUGUGAGGAAGGUAGCCAUACAGAUCUGUCAAGGUGCGGGCAUGACGCGACUAGAAGACUCGGGGGUUGCUGGUUGGGGUUGGAGAGAAGACGUUGCGAGCAUUUGAUAGUCUGAAGGUCAGUAUGUUAAAAACCUCGAAGCGUUUUACACAUGCUGAAGAAAUUUUAUUGUGAAAACAAUUAUGCCGAAAAUUCAAAAUACCCAUCACAUGAUCCGUGGCGUUCGCUGAACCUAUUCAGACUCACC